CCUGUAAUUCUCUUAUUCAUCACUCUCUCUAUCUCUUUCCUCUUUGAAACCAAAUCUCAUUAGAAAAAACAGAGCAAGCUCUCUCUCUCUCUCUCUGAGAGCUUCCAUGUCUGAAACCAACAAGAGAGCUUGACCCUUUGUAAGUAACCCCUCCUCUUAAUUUUCUUGCAAACCCAUGAAAUUUUCUCGGGAAAAUAUGAAUUGGGUUUUCCCAGAAAUCAAAACAAGCCAGACUUUCCUCUCUCCUUCAUCACUUCCACGACCACCACAGGUACCUCUCCGAUCCAGCUCGAACUUCGAUCUAAACAGCAAAAUCAGCCCAAGCAUUCUCUUAAUAAUCAUAAUCCUUUCAAUCAUCUUCUUCAUCUCCGGCCUCCUCCAUCUCCUAGUCAGAUUCCUCCUCACACCAUCGAGCAGAGACAGAGAAGAUUACUUCGACAACGUCACAGCUCUUCAAGGCCAGCUUCAACAGCUUUUCCACCUCCACGACUCUGGAGUGGACCAAUCCUUCAUCGACACGUUACCAGUUUUCCAUUACAAAUCCAUCAUCGGCCUCAAGAAUUACCCUUUCGAUUGUGCUGUUUGUCUCUGCGAGUUCGAAACAGAGGACAAGCUCAGGCUUUUACCCAAAUGCAGCCACGCCUUUCACAUGGACUGUAUCGACACUUGGCUUCUCUCUCACUCUACUUGUCCCUUGUGCAGAUCCAGCCUCCUCUCCGAUCUCUCUUCUCACCAAGACCCUCGUUCCUCUUUCCUCCUUGUUCUCGAGUCCGCGAGUGAUCAUAGCUCGAGAGAGAUUGGUGGAGAUAGAGAUUCUGCAGCUUGUGUGGCUGCAAAUGAUUCUGACGAUUCUGCUCAUUCACGAUCCAAUUCUCAUCUGGGUUUUGCCGGAAACAGUGAUCUUGGAUCGACCCGUAUUGAUUCGGGUCGUGGAGUUCGAUACCCGGAUGGUGAGUCGGGUGGUUCUAUUGAAAAGAUUGUUCCUUUUGCAGUGAAGCUAGGGAAAUAUAGGAACGUAGACACUGGAGAAGGAAGUAAUAGCAACAACAACAUUAGUAAUAGCUGCAAUAUAGACGAAAGGAGAUGUUUUUCGAUGGGAUCAUAUGAGUAUAUAAUGGAUGAAGAAACCGCUCUUAAGGUUCAUGUUUCGACCAAGAAAGUAUCAAGCAAGAACCGUCGCUUGCCCGGACACAGAACCGCUAUGUCCGAAUGCGGUUUCGAUCCAACGGGGAGAUUGAAAUUCAAUGGCAGCGGAUCGAUGAGGAUCGUGGAAGAAGCAACAGAGAGGAACGUGGUCGAAAGAGAUAGCUUUUCGGUAUCGAAAUUAUGGCUAAGGGGGAAGAAGGAGAAGCAUAGUAAGGUUCAAGGAAAAGAGGAUAGUUCAUUGGUUUCGUCGUCUUCAGGGAGAGCAUUUUCUUUUGGGUUAUCGAACGAGCGGAAUCCUCAGGAUGCGAAAAAGGAAAGUGGUUGCGAAGGAGAGAAUCAGAAAGGGGAAAACUCGGAGUCUUUGGAGACGAAGACACCAUCUUUUGCUAGGAGGACUAUGCUUUGGCUUGCAGGGAGACAAAACAAGGUUGUUCAUUCUUCUUCUGCAUCUAAUGUCUAGUUUUAGUUUCUAUAUUUUUAUUUUUAUUUUUUUCUUUUCAAAAUUAUUUUUCUUUUCAAUUGUUUCUUUGUGUUAAAGUCCUCAUAAAGUGCAAAAACAGAUGAAUCAUUGUAGAAACGUGGUGUUGAGAUACAUAAUUGUUAGACAUAGUUUGAGAACAUUUUGGUGCGUCUUAUUAUUUUUUGCAAAUCUUUUUCAGCUCUUAAAUAUUUGGCCCAAUCCAUU